AUGCAAUGGGCAAUGAGUAUUCAAAUAGUUUUUGUUAUAAUUACAAUAAAUAUGACACCUAUCUUUGCACACAAUUGUGUUUUAUAUAACAAAGAUUACAGAUGUAGGUUGGGAACAAAAACACCAUAUAGAUUUAUAUCAAACCACAAUGAUUCUCCUUUAGAAUAUUCAGGUUGUGAGCCAAAAAAGAUAUGGUUAAUUAUAAGACAUGGUACAAGAUAUCCUGGCAAAAAGUAUAUAUCAUCCAUGAUUGCAAAAUUGCCACAAUUCCAAAAAAUUAUUCUAGAUAAUUAUGAAAGAAACAAAACAGAUAUUACAGAAGAAGAUGCAGCUUUAUUCAAACAGUGGAAAAUCAGUUUUAACGUAGAUGAUAUUAUGAAAUUGACAGAGGAGGGUGAAAAUGAAUUGAUUGAUCUUGGAGAAAGAUAUCAAUCCAGAUUUCCUACUCUUAUGCCAGAAGUUUAUGAUAAUCAGACUUACAGGUUCAAAUACACUGCCACUGAACGUACUCAAGAAAGUGCAAGGAACUUUGCUACUGGUUUAUUUGGUAGAUAUAACAGUUAUAAAGUUCAGUAUCCAGAAGCAGAGCACAAGGAUCCUGUAUUAAGAUUUUAUAAACGUUGUCAACGUUGGCGUUCCGAAGUGGACAAAAAUCCGGAGGCGCAAAUCGAGAAGGAAAAGUUUUUGAAGAGUCAAACUUACAAGAAGAUGCUGGAAGACGUUUCAAAGCGUAUUGGUUAUCAGGUCGAUCACGAAAUGAUACGUUUGAUGCAUCUGAUGUGUGGAUUCGAAACCGCGUGGCACAUCGAUGUAGAGUCACCGUGGUGUAAACUAUUCUCCUUGCAUGACUUUAAAGUACUCGAGUUUGCCGAGGAUUUGCAAUAUUAUUGGAUCGAUGGAUAUGGCUACAAAUUAUCCUAUGAACAAGCGUGCCCUGCUUUGAGAGAUAUGUUUGACUUUUUUCUAUCAGUUGAUACGCCACAGGUGUCGGCGUAUUUUACUCAUUCAGGCACCAUUUUGAAGUUGCUGGCUUUAUUAGGAGUUGCUAAGGACGAUGAACAUCUAACGCAUGACUCAUUUUCCUUAUAUGCAAAUGACAGAGCCUGGAGAACUGGGAUUAUCGAUAGUUUUGCAUCAAACAUCGCAUUUGUCUUAUAUAACUGUUCUGGAGUUCCUAAUGUUCUUUUUAUGCAUCAAGAAAGACCAUUAUAUUUAUCAGGUUGUCCUAUGCACGUGCCAUGUCCAUUGUCCAUUAUGAAAGCACUCUAUCCUGAUCAAGAAGAAGAAUGUCAAUUCGAAACAAUGUGUUCAAUGGACGAAUG